AUAACAAAAAACCAGCAUUGAGACUCAGCGGUUAUUUACCUUUGCGGCUAUGGUUUGCAAAAAAAUGUAUAAUCACGUAUAAAUAGUUGGCGAAGAUGGGCCAAAUCGCACACUACUACUCAGGAAUCUCCGCAAUGAACACCAUCGGUAGCCUAUGCCUUUUGGUAUGCGCCUGCUUGGCGUUCGCCACAGCACUGCCGGUCGAGCAAGCGGUGCCCGUCGUUGUUGCUGAAGAGACCCUGGAGCCCCAGGAGUCCGCCUGGGGAGGCUACGGCGGAUACGGCGGAUACGGCGGCGGUUUUGGCGGAUAUCGGAGAUACGGUGGAUUCGGCGGCGGCGGCGCUAUCGGAUUUGUCAAAUUCGGAGGAUUUGGUGGAGGAUACGGGCGUGGUUUCGGGGGUGGGUUUGGUGGCUUCCGGGGUGGAUAUGGUGGCUUUGGGGGCGGAUAUGGAGGAGGAUAUGGAUUCUAUGGUUGAACGAGAAAACGCUUAACCUCUGUCAUCUUAAGUCUGUGAUCAGUAUGUUUAAAAUAAGAUAAGUAAUUUCAAUAAAGUUUUAAAGUAAGUAGUA